AUGAAUUAAACAUAAGUAUUUCCUUUAAAAAAACGAAACAGUCAUCCUGAAUAAGAAAUUAGAAACACUCAUCUUAAAGCAUUAGAAUAUUAAACAACACAUAAACUAUAAAGAAAAUAAUCAAAAUCAUAAGUAUAAUUAGAAUGUUAUUCUGGUAUUCUUAAUAAUAUUUAAUAGAACCUAGAGAAUGAAGAAAACUUGGAUGAUUACUAAAGUUAAAUUGAAUACAAUUUUAAUACAAUGACUAGUUUGAAUUAUCAAUAAGUACCAUCUUUAAUAUCUAUCUUAACAUCUGAAAGCAAUUUAAGUAUUGAAGAAGAAUUUGAAAUUUGGGAUGACAAAUCAGAUUUAAGAGUAUUGAAACUAAUUUUGGAUGAGUAGAAACCAUCAAUAUAAUAAUUUUUAUUAUUGUACAAAGCUAGAUUUGGGUAUAUAUAAUAAUUAUGUUAAGAGGAUUUCCUGGACAGUAAUAAUGCAUAAAAAAUGAAGAAGUGAUAAAAACUGCUGUGACAUAUGCAUCCAGUAACAAACAACUAUUUAAAAAAUAUUUUCCAUCUAAAAAGAUAGUUUUUGAAGAUGAUAUUGAUUAUUCAAUACCUUAUAAGAUAGAGGAUGAUCAUCAUUUUUAAUCUUUUAAUCACUUUUUUAAGUUUUAAAAAACAAAAACAUUGGUUGAAUUUUGA